AUGCAAGAAGCGCUCCCUCCAGAUCCCGCAUUCCCCAACGGCGGUGAGGGGGGCAAUGCACCCCCGCCAGCCGGCCAAAUUCUGACGGGGAGACAGGAGCACUACCUGAAGCGCGAGCUCAUUGCCCGCCAGGUCCGUGACGAAAUCACCGAGCUCAACUCCCCGACUGCCCUCCAGCGAUUUGGCUCACCAUUCCGCUCUGAGUAUGGAGAAGUUGCCCCCGUGGACUCGGAGCUCCCUAUCCUGCGACACAUAUUCGUUCACCAUGUUCGAAAUUUCCCCUUUCUCGACCAGGCGCGCGAAAAGGAGUUCUGGCAGGACAAGCUCCAAGUGUUCCUGGAAUCCUUCGCGAAUAAGCAUGUGUCGUCCUCCGAAGAUCGCCUGGAAGAAACAAAGCGCCGGAAGCUGGCACGCAAGUGCGAAAAGCUCGUGGAGCUGAUGAUGGUCUCUGGGGUGCCGACCGCGUCGGGCUACGAGGAGCGAAUUCAGUUCUCGGAGAUGGAAGUGGUCGAGCGUGGAGCCAACGACAAGGGCUUGCUGGUCAACAUGCCCGAGGGCCAUGCGAUCAACGGUUGGGAUGUAAAUGUGGCAGCUGUUCGGGUCACAUCCAUCAAGCGGACCGUCAGAUAUCAUCCACACGCGGAAUUUCUCAUUCGUGUUAAUCAAGAGGGCAAGGAAGGUAUCCAUGUCGGCAGACGAUACGGAGAGUUUGUCAAGCUGCACAGGAGACUGCGCACUGAAUUCCCAGGCAAGAACUUGCCUCCUCUUCCCCGAAAGAACAAGUCUUCGACGUCUAGUUGGUUCAGCUCUGCCGACGAUGACAACUCCUCCGUCUCGUCCGUCUCAACCCAAGGCACGAGUCUACCGGACGAUUCCGGCCAGACUCUUGCACCCGGGGGUCAUCAGCGAUCUGUCUCGCGGAGCUCGAUGCGCUCGUCCAAAUCCCCACGCGUGUCUACCGAUGUUUCGAGGGAAACCGUGCUCUACCGCGAGGAGCAGCGGGUGUCCCUGCGAGCGUUCCUCCGUACACUUCUACAGAACAAACGCAUUGCCGAAUCCAAGGCGAUGGAGGAAUUUUUGAUUGCAGGUCCAAUUAAGCUGAACGAGGAAGAGAUGAUCGAUGUUCAAAAACGGAAGGAGAUGGAUGCCGCGAGGAUCGAGGAGCAGAGGAAGUUCUAUGAAAUCGCUAGACAGCGGGCUGCCGAGCUGGAUGUUUAUAUGGAGAACUUCAGAAGGGAUAUCGUGGAGAGCAAUGGGUUGACCAAGCUAUUCGCCGAGAUCCGGGAGAAGUCCUCAAUCGCCGAACUGAGUCCGCAGUACCAAAAGUUUGCGGAGUGGCUUCGUAUCGAGGUUGCUGCAACAUUAUACCACCUGUUCCUCGCCGAAGACAAUUCCCCCGAGUUGUUUGCGCAAGCAAAGAGGAUCCACGGUCUUGUCCCUUAUACGCUACUGAAGAACGUGAUUCGCAUCGCCAAUCCAGCCGCCGUCAUGUCGGGUGUCCUCGACCUUUUCCUUGCUCAGCCCUUCGGCUCGCGGUCUCUCCUGCAGCGGAUCUUUUCCCUGACCCUGAACGACAGCAUCAAAGACUUCCAGAAGUCAAUUGCCUCACUGACUGCGAAGGUGGAAGAUUCAACGCUGUCCCAGAAACUCAAGAGCUUUGCCGAUGCAGACGAAGUGAUCAAAAACGAGAUCCGAGAAGAGGCAGCCGCAGAGGAUGUGGACAUUAUUGUGGCUAUCCUUCGCUCGGAGCUGUUGUCCCCAGAGCUCACGACGGAGCAGAUUGGCAAGGUGUUCAAUGGCUGGGUGGCUUGGAACCACGCCGUGGAUAAUGUCGACCUGGAAAUGCAACAGGGGGCUCAAUGGUUUGCUCAUAUGAAACAGCUGCUUAAGCUUUACACUCGACAACGCGACAAGGCCAUGAUGCUCAGCAUUGUCGAGGAGCCUGCCACCCUCCAGCUCUUCCGCGAUCUGUUCACCAUCUUCUACGAGCCACUGGUUCGGGUAUAUAAAUCGGCCAAUGUGUAUAGCAGCAUCACAGACUUUGCUGUAUUCGCUGACGACGCCAUCGGCGUCAUCGAGAGCGCCCAGCGCCAGGAUGCCUCGGCCGAUCCGAACCAGACUGUGCAGGCCUUCAUCGACGUCUGCGCUCGCCACGAAGCCAAUUUCUACAAGUUCAUCCAUGAAGUACAUCUCCAUGAUAACGGGCUGUUCCAAUCUCUGAUGUCAUGGAUCGAGGAGAUCCUUGACUUCUUGCGCAAGGGCCCUCAGGGUGGCAAGCUGGACAUGAACGCUUUGUUCCAGGGGGCCGUGGGCGUGGGCCAGAUCGACAAGGAUGUUGCUCUUGCUGAGAUUAAUUCCCUCAUAAAAUGGCACGAAGACCGCAAGCGCUGGCAUCUCAACAAGACCCGCCAGAAGAUGGCUGCCGAGGGUACUGCGAAUGAAUCUAUCCCGGGCACGGCGACCUUUAAGGGCAGCGAUUUCGGUCUUGACGAGGGCGAUCUGGAAGACCUUACCAUCUCGGAUGAGGGAUCGGAUGCCUCAGAUGAGGAUGAAGAGGACGAGGAGCUGGAUGACCCCAUUGCCGUUGAGCGCCGUCGCCGAACCAAGAAGCAAGACCAGCUUCGCCGUACAGCCGGAGAGCCCGUCAAGCCCGAGGUGCAGGAGAUCCUGAAACUGACAGAUCCGUUCGUCGUCAUGCUGCGAUAUGUACUGGCUGAAUAG